AUUUCCCUGCUAGGCUGGUUUCCUGUAUAUUCCAAUUUGCUAUUCCUUACUAUAUUUUAUCAAGCUUGUGCACCUUUGGUAUCCUACAAGCAUUUAUAUGAAUAUUUCUUUUCAAGUUUUCUUAGGGUUCCAUGCAAUUUUUCGUAUCUCUUUCUUGCUAAAGUAACAUUGGCUUUAUCAAGUGCAAUCAUCCUUUGUGUUGCAAUCAUGCAAUCAUUCUGUUGAGACACCAAAGCGACAUGAUAGAACUAUAGAAGGCAAGAAAAAUUCUAGAUUGGCUUUCGAUGAGCUUAACCCAUGUCUAAAAAUUUAAGCACCAGAAAUUCCAGGCAAAUCAUAAAUCAAUGGAGAAAACACACAUUACGACCUUCAAACUUUUUAAGCCUUCUAAUUUUAACCUUGAAUUACCAAACAAUUUGCACUCUUCAACUGUGGCUACUGACUGCACCAGAAUCCAAAAUCCAGAUUAGCUUUGCUGACAUGGACACAUGGUACCAAUGUACUGGUGGUUUUUACAUGUGCCAUUACUGGCGCUCUAACAACACCCCUCGAUGUCAUGAAGACAAGAUUGAUGAUUCAGUUGUGCAUGCCCUGCUUCCGUCGCCAACCGGAGCUCCUCAGGUGUGUUGCCGAGCACGCGUCUCCUCAUUUCCUUCUUCGGGACAGGCAAACCAAUAUAGAGGAUUCAUAGACUGUGCUCAAACUAUUCUGCGGGAGGAAGGCACUGGUGCCUUCUUGAAGGGUAUCGAGCCAAGGGUAUUGUGGGUAGGCAUCGGCGGAUCAAUCUUCUUCGGGGUUCUGGAGAAAACAAAAUCGGUUCUAGCUCAGAGGAGCAGCCGUAGGGAUGCUAAGCUCAAACUUUAGAAGAGGGUGGACCGGUGGAUGAUAGAUUAUGGAAUCAUAAAAAUUUCCCUGGGGAACUUUGGUGCCCCGGUUCACAUUCCAUCAUGUCCCAUUCGAGCAAUGUUGAUUCGUCUUGCUUGAGCGAGAGUUCUUGGUUUUC